AUGGAUUCCCCUUGUUUUUUGAAGGAAUUUAAUGUUUUUCAGUCAUUGAUUGUACCAGGAAAAAGUCCAACCAGGAAGAAGUCUGGGCCAUUCAGCUCGCGGAGAAGCAGCGCUAUAGGAAUAGAGAAUAUCCAGGAGGUCCAGGAGCGGAGGGAAAGUCCAAAUGGUGCUCAGAAGACCCCAGACAGUGGAAAUGUUUCCCAGGAACCCAAAUCGGAGAACUCCUCGACUCACAGCUCCCCUGAAAUGCCCACCACGAAGAACAGAAUGGACUCCUCUCCCAAACCUGAAGCCCAGAAGGAUUUCUCACGCUCCUCCUCCAGCGCAAGUAGUUUCGCUAGCGUGGUUGAAGAGAAUGAAAUGUUGGAUGAAGAAGACACCGGGAUGGAAAGUGCUUCAUCGUCUUCAGGAACUCCACACAAACGGGAUUCUUUCACUUACAGCACUUGGUUGGAGGACAGCGGGAGCAGUGCGAGCGCAGUUAGUGGGAUCAGCUCCAUAGGAACACCUCGAUCUGCACAUCCAGAAGAUCCUAAAUCUGGAGACCCCUUGUAUCCAGAGAUUAAAAUACAGUUGGAAGAGACAGAGCACCACACAGCCAAUCAGCGCUGCUAGCCCUGUCUUCGCAACUUCUUCGUAGACGUACGACUGUCCGCGCAGGGACAUCAGAGGCGUCAGAAGCUGGAGGAUCUCUGGCAGACUCCGGACUUCAGUGCAGCUGAGUGUGAACAUCCUGCCUUCAAACCCAGUCUGCCGACUUCUCACUUCUGACAUGGCGGCAGAACUCCUCGUGCCUCCCGCCGACCCUGACUCUCACUCCCAUUUCCUGUGUAUUGGGGGCUUUAUAUCACCGCUGGGGUAGAAGGAAGGCUUAGUCUGCUUCAGCAGAAUAUAUCGGAUUUAGACUAAAUGUGGCAGUUGCUUCUAAAAGUUACUGGAACUUUACUUCCAAACCAACUCUGGAACACGUUAUUCUUUCACUGGACAUUGGCCAACUCCGUAAUUAUGGAAAUUCCUCUUCUCUGCCCAGUGGAGCAUUCGAUUCAAGUGAGCAAUACGACUUUGGAGUCUUUAACCUUAGAACGCCAUGGUGUCAUUGUAAUCGAUGGCACAGUCUAUGGCGGGCUGGCCAGAAGAGGUCACCAUUGGAAAUUUUCAUUCAAAGUGACAGUGUGCUUUCCGUUGAAGAUGGUAGGAAGGAGGUCUGUUCUGGAAACCUCAUUGGAAGAUGUUUUUAAGAUUACUGAGAUAUGGAGGUUUAUUCUUGUCCUGAAUUGCCGAGUGCAUAUAUUGUGGCACCAUCACCUCCCCUAGGGUUUCUUUAAUCUCAGGACUUUUUAAAAUGCACAAAUUCUGGAUCUCAAGCGCAAGGACGUGUCGGGAAAAAUGUUCCAUUGAAUGGGGCAGAAGUUGAUCCCAAACAAUCAUAUAAAUAGACAGGUUUAAAACAAGCGUCCUACUACCAGCUCCUGUGCAGAUGCAUGCGUUCGCUGAGUCAGAUUUUUACGCACUGUGUGUUCUGUGUUCGUCUUGUACAGCGUCCCAAUACAAAUGUCCCACAAUUCCUUCAGAGAAGAAAAUUAAUAUUGUUGUUUGUAAGCCACGUUGUCUUUAACUGUAAGAGCCAGAACAGUGUGAAGUGUUGAUAGUGUCAGGAUUUUAACGUUUUUGCGAGGGUUUAUAAUUUGGCACAUUUGCAAGUGAGGUCGCAGUUUUUGGACAAAGACAUUUGCUUAAAAGCUUACGCACAUUAUGCAUACAAAUUAAUAGAAUUUGUAAUGUAACCUACUUAAAAAGGGAACUUGUUUAAGUUUGAUAAAUUGAGCGAUAAAUGCAGAAUUUUUACAUCAGAAGAAAUGUGAUUUAUAUCAAUAUAUAUCACAAAACUGUUUCAGUGGAGGCAGUUAUCUGCUAGUAAGAGUCUACAAAAUGCAGACAUUUUGCUAUUCUAGCGACGCAGUACAGUGUGCUGGAUGGGUGGUGGGCCGCCCCAGAAUCUGUUAUCACGGGGUGCAGCAUGAGGAAUCUGGGUAGUAUGCUAUUUAUUCUGCAUGUUCUAGUGUACAGUUUAUUAGUCACUAUUGGUGAGAUGCUAUCGCUGGACCUAUCACACUCGUGUCUGUAAAGAACCUAUGAAUUCCAUCUACCACGUCAUCCUGUUCCAAAUUCCAUUUUUUGGACCUGGCGAAACACAGCCGUGCAAACCCAGAGUCUGAUCUUAUACAGGACUAUAGAAAAACACCACAGUACAAUGCAAGUGUUUUUUUUUUGUUUUUAAUGGCUCCCUGCAUUGUACUUGCAUUACAGCUAGUUAAAGGGUUAGUGAGCGCUCGUUACAGACACUGGAAAGACUAUUGUAACGUUUUUAUUUUGGUCGAUAUUUUAAUGCAAUAUUUUUAUUCUGCAUUAAAAGAGAUCUUGACAUCCCUAUAUGAAGGUAAAAGCCUGCCAAGGCAAUGGGCCCAUCAAUGCCCUUUCUUAAUUUAUUAGAGCAACAUCUGACAUGAUUACAAAUUGUGUCACUGGGCAACAUUUUGGUAAACGAUUGAGGACGGUGUCCCUUGGGUUAAAUCAUUAUAUUAAAUGUGUCUUAUUCAGUAAACAGGAUGUAAUGACCCUUUUAAUAAAUGCUGUAUUGAGCCCUGCAUGGCGUCUAACCAUUUUCUUGGGCACGUCAUUUCUGAAAUCCAGGGGGUCUAUUCACGGGAUUUGAUUACCAAUUAGAUUAGAAUAGAUGAAUUGCGAAUAAUCUCCAAUUUGGCUAUUUUGGUCAAGAUUUUUAAAGGUUGGCUGUGACUCGCUGUUUAGUGAAUAAACUCCUCAGUCUAUUGGACUGAGCUUCACGUGCUCUCCGUUAAACCCUAACUGGCCGUAUUCCCAGACGGAAUGGAGCUGGGCAAUCCUUGUGUGAAAUAUUGUCUUUAGUCCCAUCUGGAAUGUGCAUGCGCCAUGUACUGUCCCACACGCACAUAAUCAAAGCACGCAAAUAGUGCCCUCUAGUGGCUUGUUGUAGUUAUGACUUCCUUCACUCCACUGCCCAUUUGUAUUUUGUAAUUGUACUUUCUGUCUGUUUUUACAAUGUCUCAAAGUCUAAUUGUGCAUAUUUUCCUUGAUUACUUUAUUUUAAUUGUUUUAUUUAAUGGUAAAUAAGUAGAAUCGGAAAUGAAGAAAACCACUAACAUGGUUAUAUUUUUACUAAAGUCCGAAGUUUUGGGAAUUCAGAGAGAAUUUCAAAGUUAAGGCCAAAGCAAAUGAACUAGAAGCAUAUCUGGAGAAUUACUCCUGUUUGAUUAUUUUGGCCUUAAAUGAAAGUCACAGGUAUUCCCAAAAAUCACUUUAGUGAAUAAACCUGCAAUUCUUUUUAUUUAAUUUUUUAAGCGAUAUUAUAAUUACUGAGUUUUAUCUAUUUUGUGUCUUUCUGUGUAAAAAAAAAAAGAAAUAUUGUAUCUAUCUGAAGGAUAUGUUAAUAUUAUUUGUAUAAAAGGCUUUGAAAAGGUUCUAUGGCAAAAGAGAAAUAAAUUAUAUGUACAGAUUA